AAAUAAUGGCGUAGAUCUGCAGAGGAAGAACAAAAUAGCGUCCUUCUUCAUCUUCAGCCUUUGUUCCCCCAAUUCUCUCUCUCCUCUUCUUUCUUUCUAUAUGUCAAUCUGAUUAUGCCCUCUCCAGAAUCCAAACUCCUCCUUCUCCCAUUCGGUUUCUUCUCUCUACGACUGGGUGGAGAAGAAACUCCCGUUUACUCUAACUUUCCCUUCCUUUCUCCAUUAAUCCACCUCCUAAUUUCUUCACCAUUGCAUAAUCCGACCCCUCUUUUCGUAUGGUGAAGGAAUUUUCUCAACAACACUUUAAAAGGCUUGUUCUUAUUUAUUCAUUUUCCUGUUUCUUUUUUGGGAUGUGAUUGAUUGGGGGAUGAUUAGUAGUAAUGGCUCGGGACGGGCAUGUAGUGCCGGUUGAUCCACAGACGGCGCUUACUGUGAAGAAGAAGAAACAAUCUUCUCGGAAUUGGAUUUUACUGGAUUGUACGGGCCAAGGGACCGUCCUUGAUGUCGAUAAGCAUGCUAUUAUGCAUCGAGUUCAAAUUCAUGCUCGUGACCUUCGGAUUCUUGAUCCUUUGCUUUCUUAUCCCUCCACCAUUUUGGGGCGUGAGAGGGCCAUUGUUCUUAAUCUCGAGCACAUAAAGGCGAUCAUUACUGCUGAUGAGGUUUUGCUUAGAGAUCCGACAGAUGAACAUGUCAUCCCUGUGGUUGAGGAGCUUCAGAGGCGACUGCCUCCUUCUAAUACCUUCCAGUUUCAAGUUCAAGGAGAUGGUAAAGAGUAUCAGAGUGGCCCACAAGAUGGUGAAGCUGAAGAAGAUGACUCGCCAUUUGAAUUUCGUGCCCUUGAAGUAGCGUUGGAAGCUAUAUGUAGUUUUCUUGCUGCACGGACAACUGAACUGGAGACUGCUGCUUAUCCUGCCUUGGAUGAGCUUACUGCCAAGAUUAGUAGCCGCAACUUGGACAGAGUUCGUAAAUUGAAGAGUGCGAUGACCAGGUUGACUGCAAGGGUUCAAAAGGUAAGAGAUGAGCUUGAACAAUUACUGGACGACGAUGAUGAUAUGGCAGACCUUUACUUGUCAAGAAAGAUGAGCUCAUCUUCUCCUGUAAGUGGUUCUGGUCCUGCCAAUUGGUUUCCUGCCUCUCCUACCAUUGGUUCAAAGAUCUCAAGAGCAAGCAGAGCAAGUGUUGCAACUGUACGUGGGGACGAGGACGACAUCGAGGAACUUGAAAUGCUGCUGGAGGCUUACUUUAUGCAAAUUGAUGGUACAUUGAACAAAUUAACUACACUGCGAGAAUAUAUUGAUGACACAGAAGAUUAUAUUAACAUCCAGCUUGACAAUCACCGUAAUCAACUCAUUCAGUUGGAGCUCUUUUUAAGUUCUGGUACUGUUUGUUUGUCUAUCUAUUCUUUGGUGACUGCAAUAUUCGGCAUGAACAUUCCUUACACUUGGAAUGACGGUCACGGAUUCAUUUUUAAAUGGGUUGUCAUUAUAUCUGGAUUCGCUUGCGCCGUGUUGUUCAUCACAAUUAUUUACUAUGCUCGCUACAAAGGUUUGGUGGGAUCUUGAUCUUCCUUCACUCAAAUAAUGAAAUCCUUUUCAAAUGGAAACAGUAAACUGAACCGUGACAGACAAUGAAGGAAAAAGAGGAAAAAAGAAGGAAGAAAAAUAGAAAGAAAGUGCAUUGGAUGAGUUUAGAGUGAUAUGCAUACCUGACUAUACUUACAGUUUUAGUUUCUGUGGGAUUUUAGGAUUGGGAAAAAGGGAAAGAAGGAAAGAGAAAAAAAAGGGAAAAAAAUUAAAGAAAAUAAAUUUCUUUUUAGAACCUGUUUGAUUUUAUGGCUGAUUAUUAUUAGGUACCAUAUGAAAUCAAAGAUCAGCAGGUCGUUCAAGUUUCAUCCCAUAUUUGAUUAACUGGCUUCUGGCUCUAUGCAUAAUUGUAUAAACAUCAUACAGAAAGAAAUUUUCUUAUUUUAGUUGGAACAGUAGUUUUUAAAAAAAGGUUUUCUUAUUUGAAACAUUUUGUUA